AAGAUGAUUAUCUCCGUCGCACGUUAACUUCAAAUACAACUACUAUUCAAUCAAUUAAUUUCUUGAUACACUUACGCAGAAGUCGCUUCGCUACGCAACGAAUCGAAGUUACUUACAACUAGUUAAAAGUCCCACAGUUUGCUUCAGAAAAAAGAAUCAUGGACGGUCCAAAGGGAUCGUGUGAAGAGAGGCUAGCAGACAACUGCCAGUGCGAGGGGGAGGUCACUAUUAAAAGCAAGAGGCAUGGCAGGGGUGCCGUCGAAUCUGGACUCACACACGAAUGCGGCGUGUUCGGCGCCAUCGGCACCGGCGAGUGGCCCACGCAGGUGGACGUGGGGCAGGUCAUCUGUUUGGGACUAGUCGCCCUCCAGCACAGAGGCCAAGAAUCGGCCGGCAUCGUGACGUCAGAGGGCAAGAGCGCCCGCACAUUCAACUCUCACAAGGGCAUGGGCCUCAUCAACAACAUAUUCAACGACGAGGCUAUGAAAAAGCUCAAAGGGAACCUCGGUAUUGGUCACACUAGAUACUCGACGUCAGCAGCAUCUGAGGAGGUGAACUGCCAACCAUUCGUAGUGCACACGGCGCACGGCGCGCUCGCCGUGGCUCACAACGGCGAACUCGUCAACUGCUCCAGUCUUAGGAAGAUGGUACUUGGCCGAGGCGUAGGCCUCUCCACACACUCGGACUCGGAGCUGAUCACACAGGCGCUGUGCCUCAACCCCCCCGAGGGCGAGACCAACGGCCCGGACUGGCCGGCCAGGAUCAACCAGCUCAUGAGGUUGGCGCCCCUCAGUUACUCUCUGGUGAUAAUGCUGAAAGACAAAAUAUACGCCGUGAGGGAUCCGUACGGCAACCGGCCGCUCUGCCUCGGCAAGAUUCUGCCCCUAGGCUCCUCGUAUGCCUACAAAAACUCAUCAGAACGCCAUAACGAGGUUUUGAUGAACGGCAGCUCUAAGAACGGCAUAGACGAUAAAGCGGAAGGUUGGGUGGUGUCGUCAGAAUCGUGCGGCUUCUUGUCUAUUGGCGCCCGAUACGUACGCGAGGUGCUCCCCGGCGAGAUAGUGGAGAUGUCUCGGCACGGAGUGCGCACCGUGGACGUGGUGGAGCGGCCCGCCGACAAGCAGCAGGCGUUCUGUAUAUUCGAGUAUGUGUACUUCGCGCGCGCUGACUCCAUGUUCGAAGGUCAAAUGGUGUACUCUGCGCGUAUGCAGUGCGGCCGCAUGCUGGCGCGCGAGUCGCCAGUCGACGCCGACAUCGUGUCGUCCGUGCCCGAGUCCGGCACCGCGGCGGCGCACGGCUACGCUAGACAGUCCGGUAUUCCCUUCAUGGAGGUCCUAUGCAAGAACCGCUACGUAGGCCGCACGUUCAUCCAGCCCUCCACGCGGCUGCGCCAGCUGGGCGUGGCCAAGAAGUUCGGCGCGCUCUCGGAGAACGUGCACGGCAAACGCAUCGUGCUUAUUGACGACUCCAUAGUGCGGGGGAACACCAUUGGACCGAUCAUUAAGCUGCUGAGAGACGCCGGGGCCGCUGAGGUACACAUCAGAAUAGCGUCCCCGCCCCUGAAGUACCCAUGCUACAUGGGCAUCAACAUACCGACGCGAGAGGAACUCAUCGCCAACAAGAUGGAGGCGCCGAAGCUCGCCAAACAUGUCGGCGCCGACAGUCUGGAGUACCUGAGCGUGGAGGGGCUCGUGAGCGCCAUCCACUACAACAUGAAGUCGACGCCGAGCGACGGCGUGGGCGGCCACUGCACCGCCUGCCUCACCGGCGACUACCCCGGGGGGCUGCCCGAGGCCGACUGGUGAG